UUUUGGCACGGACUUUUGCGCUUUUACGCGGAUCCUCGCAGGGAAGUGACAUGCGAACAGGACUGAAGUCGUAGAUGGGCUGCGGCUCCGACGCGCACACAGAUCAGCAGGUCCGGCGCGCUGGGUUUGGUAAGAAGUGAGAGAAAAAGAAAAAAAAAAGAAAAACACAAAACAAAAAACAAAACAUGAAAUCCAGGAGUCAGGACCAGAGUUUGUCUGACUCCAGAGAGCUGGACAGGUCGUACGACCCGCUUACAGGUAAUCCACCAUCCAAACCCAAUAAAAAGACCAUAAAGCAGCGGUUCCUCAAACUGCUGCCCUGCUAUCGCUCGGGCUCCAGCGUUUCAUCUUGUCAAAGAAGUUCAUCUGAUGAUGCUGAACUGACGACAACAUGUUACAGACCGGAGGGGCUCGACCGCCUCGUUGAGCAGACCAGCUUCAGCAAGAAAGAGCUGCAGGUCCUCUACCGGGGCUUCAAAAACGAGUGUCCCAGUGGUGUGGUGAAUGAAGAGACUUUUAAAAACAUCUACUCCCAGUUCUUCCCUCAGGGAGAUUCAAGUAUGUACGCACAUUUCCUGUUUGAAGCGUUUGACACCAACAACAAUGGAUCGGUCAGCUUUGAGGACUUUGUCAUAAGUCUGUCCAUCAUCUUGAGAGGCUCAAUCACCGAUAAACUCAACUGGGCCUUUAAUCUGUACGAUCUAAACAAAGAUGGCUGCAUCACCAGAGAGGAGAUGACAGCUAUCAUGCAUUCCAUCUAUGACAUGAUGGGGAAGUACACCUACCCCAACAUGAGGGAUAAUGCUCCCAAGGACCAUGUUGACAACUUCUUCCAGAAAAUGGACAAGAAUAAUGACGGAGUGGUCACCAUCGAAGAGUUCUUGGAGACAUGUCAAAAGGUCGCCAGCACAAAUCUCCACAUUUUUAUGCAAAGCUUCUGUUUCCAUCUACAGUCUUCUCAGUAAUGUAACUGUGUCCCCUUGUCUCUCUCUCUCCAGGAUGAAAACAUCAUGCAGUCCAUGCACAUGUUUGACAAUGUAAUCUAAGGCUUUGGUGGACACAGACAUGAGAUUUUGCCUCCUGCCUGGAGCUCAUCCACUGUUUGUCAGCCUCUGGGUGAUGGACAGAGUGAUGCAGGGUGCAAAUGGCAAUGUAACCAAGGAUAUUUAACCCAAAACCUGUGAACCCUUGUGAAAAGUUUUUAAAAUUAGAAGUGUACAGCAGACCAACCUGAACAAGAAUAUUUAAAGCUGCAGAGAAGCAGUCUUAUAACGUUAGCGCUGAUGAACAGAUGGGUUGAAAACAACAACUGCAAUGGCCUCGACACUCAUACAGAUGAUGAUUAUUAUCAGAUUUUAUGUAUUGCAUGAAUGAAUGUGCAGACACCUGGAAAUAAUGAGUAAUAAUAAUAAUAAUAAUAAUAAUAAUAAUAAUAAUAAUAAUAAUGAGUAAUGCUCAAUUAGUAUUAGUACACACUUUCUAUACACAGCGAUGCUACAAUGAGGGAUGGGUCAUAUAAAGAGAUGCAUUUGAAUCAAGCAAUAAUAUUAAAGUUAACAUGUUAUCAGAUCUUCUCCGUCCUGCACUGUAACACUGUAUACUGUGUCUGCAUGUAUCUGUGUUGACUGGGCAUUGACAUGUUUAAUUAAAGUGUUAAUAUAUUUUCUAUAUGAAUGUGGUGAAAAUAAUGAAAUUGAAUUAAACCACACAGUUGCUAUGCAGAUGUGUAGAAUUGUUUUAUAUUAUACAGAUGUAUAAUGUAUAAGCUAGUAACAGUAAGCUAGCUACCUUAUGAAUGUUCAGCUGUUCCACCUGCUAGAAUAUAGCAAUAGGUUAAUAAUAGGAGAACAAAGCUGGCACUUGAAGUGCAGCACUCAACAAUGACAGGUUAUCUCAGAAAUGUGUUGCAGAUACUGUACUUUACACCAUAAAUACUUUGGAAUGAAUGAUCAUUGAUAGAGUGAAAAUGCGGGUUGGCAGACAGCCAAUUUUUAACUCAAUAAACAGAAACCACAAUACGUUUAAUAUAUCCUAUAUUUUUAUUAAACAAAAUUUCAGUAAAAACUCUUAUUAAGUAGAAAGACAAAUUUCCCUGUCAGUAGUUUGCUCCAGCUGUAGGGCUGACCCCGACGACAUUAUCUCUCAUGAAUGAAUCAACAGGUUGAACACAUCUGUGAAACCACAGUGUUGCAGAUGAUCACAGUCGCAUGAUCUUUUCUUAAAAAUUCAGUUUAGAAGGAUAGACAUCUUUGUCAAUGUUCUGCUAAUGCCGGUUAAUGUGAACCUUUCCCACUGAAUAACUUAUAAAAGGUGAGAAACUAUUCCUAAAAAAACAAACAUCCCAAAAAGUUAUCAACAUGUCAGCUGAUCACAUGAAGGGUGGCGGGGGAGCAGCCCUACCCUGCUCUCUCUAAGAGGUCUGUCAGAGACCCCCACACUUCCUCGUUUGUUCACUCCUACUGAAUUAGUGCCGCCGACUCUUUAGUGUUGGGUCACAGCGGGAGAAAGUUGACAAUAUAUAGUGUCAAAACUACAGCGUAGACAGCAGUGUCUGUUACAAAGGCGUUAAGAGAAGAAACAGAGCGGUGAGCAGGUGCACCGUGCAGGUUGAGCCACCUCUGGCAGUGUUUUCAACUAUUAUCCUCUUUUGUUUUAUGUUUCAUAAAAAAAGGAAGCUGCAUGAU